AGUGUUAUCUCGUAAUUAUGAGUACAGACACCACCAAGUAACAUACACUUCACUCAUUCCACUUACCAGCAUGUAGUGAAGGGAAGACAUUGUACAUGUGUGCUUUCGUGACAAGACCAUUGCUAACAGAUGCCUCCUAACGUUAUUAAAGUUGACAGAGGGAGUAAGCAAGAAAAGUUGUCAUUGACUAUUGUAUUGAAACAAGUUUAAUUAGCACUUGGAAUUAGUGCGUGAACCCGAGGCAAGGAUGGUGUGGGUGAGGUGGGCAGUAGGAGUGUGGAUUCUGGCUCAAACCUGCACCAGCACCCUAGCACAAGUUUCAGACUGUAAUUCUGGCUAUUUGAAGUCACGAAAUGACGCGACUCCUCCAUUAACAUUGGAAGAAUCUGCCACAAUCCGGCUGCGACCUGAGAACUAUGUAAAGGUUCUGAGGCUAGAGAUUCAGCUGGAGACAACGGAAGAGGAGCAGCUAUACUGCCUUGGGCUGGACGCUAACAUGGGCAAGCAGUGGGGUGACGUAGAGGUCACUUUGAAGGACAUUCGUACUAGUUCAAUCAACUUCAAGGUAUCAUGGCCGCCGAUAUUACUGCCGCUGGUGUGGACGGCGGUGUAUGUACGCGUCCAUUACCAGCACCUCCUUCAGCUGGCUGUUAUCCCCGAGGAGACCAUGGAGAGCGCGCGUAGCUUGACCUGGCAGCCAGUCAGCAUGAAGCCUCUCGCCGCCAGUGUCAGGCUAGAAAGGACAGGGGUCACGUCACUCAGAAUCAGACUCUUAACGUCUAAUAUAUCCAUCCAGUACACUGUUAACUGCCGUCAAGAUUAUUUGGCAGCAUCUUUUGCUGCUGAGUUCGGGAUAGCUUCGAGCGUCCCAACGUGGCGGGCUUGGGUGUGGAUCCUGACAGGGGUGGUGAUCCUCCUGCUGGUGCUGCUCCUCUUGGUGCUCCUGGAACGCCAGUACACCUUCAACAAGCGUUUUCCUAACAGCUUCACGCUGGCAAAAUUCCAAUCUGGUAGCCAGAACGAUGGUGUUUCUCCUGUGUUGGUCUCCUCAUCACAAGGUGGAAGAAGACCAGCUGCAGACGGUGCUGCUGCUGGUGGGGACUCCUUGAACCCUCCUCGAGUCACUGUCGGCGUGGUGUCCUCCAGAGCUCCUUCACCCGGACACGACGUUGAUGAGAAUACCUUUGAUUAUAUAAACCGUGCCUUUUCACUCGAUGGAUAAGAAUUCCAAGUUUUGCUUUCAAUUUACUAACCAAAAUGUGAUUAAUUGAUUAUAUCAGUUUAAAGAGGAUUUAAGGCCUUUUAAUGCCUUAUCAGCCAGUCUAAUUCUGGGGUUUCACAGCUGGACAUUAAGAAAGUGAUGUCAGAGAAUGUCUAAUGCUGCAGAUUAUUAGGUAGUCUAAUACCCCAAAGCAAAUAGUAAAAACAAUCUUUAUUAAUUGCUAUUUUUGCAAGGGAAAGAGCAAUCUUAGGAACGCAAACAAACAAAAGAUGGAGUGAAUAAUACAAGCAUAGAACCGACCCAACGGUUUCUCAGUGCCAAUGGAAAAAUUUGAAGCUGGGACUUGUAAAGAGUUGAUGGGAAACCCAAACUUGCCCAACACUGUCCAUGCACAACACCUGGCCAGCAAAUGCAGUACUGCCAAUUGAGAAGAACCACCCUAGCGAUUCUGAUGAGCAUCUAAAGAGCCAGAUUUAACCCAAUGGGAAAGGCCCAAUGUUGUAUAAGGAGCACCCCACUUGGAACCAUUAGGCUCAAAACCUUUAUGCAUCUUCCCUACAAAAAGGGAUCAUUGAUCCUUUUUUGUAGAGAAGGCAUUGAUCUGAUUUUCAACUUACACUAAUAAAUAGUCAUCAGCGGUAAACCUCUCCCAGUCUAUCAUUAACUAUAGGAGUGCCACAAAGCAGCAUCUUAGGACCUCUCCUAUUUCUCAAAUAUAUAAGUGACUUGCCGAAUGUCUCUAACAUUCAUCUUCAGGCUACACACAGCCAAGUGUGUUGGCAGUUUAAAUCCCUAAACAUGCUAAAGAUACACUCCACACGUUCUUGUUCAAUUUACUGUAUACUUAAAGAACCUUGUUCCGAAUUCUAAUCCUGCCUUUGAAAAUCUUCCUAGAUAAAUGUAACAGAACCCAUGAGCAUCACACUAGAAAUAAAUAUACUUUGAUAUUCCCAGAGUUAGACUAAACCUAUGCAAACAUGCCAUGUAAACAAAAAGGGCCUAAUAAAUGGAACUCACUCCCAAAUAUAUUUAAAAACUGUUCAACCUAUACAUUAUUCAAGGGUAGAACAGUGAAUAAUGACCUUCAGUCCAGACCUAUGUCGUUACCAGUCACUCUGGUAAUGAGUCCAUAAGGCCUGCCUCCUGGCGAGUGACACCACUUUUGAGCCUACAAACCUUCCCUACCUGCCUCGCUCCAGGCAUCUUUAAUGACUUGGCUGACCUCGUCUGCUCAGCAUGCUCUACGGCAGACUCCUGCAUGCUCUACAACAGACACCUGCAUGCUCUACAGCAGACACCUGCCUGCUCUACAGUAGAUACCUGCCUGCUCUACAGCAGACACCUGCAUGCUCUACAGCAGACACCUGCAUGCUCUACAGCAGACACCUGCAUGCUCUACAGCAGACACCUGCAUGCUCUACAGCAGACACCUGCAUGCUCUACAGCAGACACCUGCAUGCUCUACAGCAGACACCUGCAUGCACUACAGCAGAUACCUGCAUGCACUACAGCAGACACCUGCAUGCUCUACAGCAGACACCUGCAUGCUCUACAGCAGACACCUGCAUGCUCUACAGCAGACACCUGCAUGCUCUACAGCAGACACCUGCAUGCUCUACAGCAGACACCUGCAUGCUCUACAGCAGACACCUGCAUGCUCUACAGCAGACACCUGCAUGCUCUACAGCAGACACCUGCAUGCUCUACAGCAGACACCUGCAUGCACUACAGCAGAUACCUGCAUGCACUACAGCAGACACCUGCAUGCACUACAGCAGACACCUGCAUGCAGAACAUGGGUUAGGGGGCAACUGAAUGCAAUGACUAAAAAAACACAAGUUAACUUUUUAUAAACAUUCAACCUUUAUUUCAACUACUUUAUACAUAUAUUUACACAUUUGUCUUAUAUCCCACAAUAAAAUACUUAAAUGUUUUGCUUAAAUUAUAAAAAUUAUACAAAUUCAAAUUUGUAGACAAUUGUAUACCUAGAGUUUACUGUACAUGGUAACAAUGUAUUGUUAUUUGAAUCAAUUAGGUCUUAUUGUCUCUAGUGAUAAAUGAUCUAUUUUAUGAAUCUGACAAAAAUUUAAACAUUAAAUAAAUUUUAAAUUAUAGCAUCAAUAUCUAAAAUAUAAUCAAAGGAAAUAUAAUGUAAAUAUUAGUUAUCGGCAUGUUUACCAGAUGAAAUUAUACAAUUUUAAUAUAUUCUAAAAAAGUUAAAAAAUGCAUGAACAGUGUUUUCAAUAUUUGUUAAAUGUAUUAGGAUAAAAUAAUCUAAGUAUAUUCAUCUUCAUUGAAUGCUGUGAUAUGGCUUAGUGUAUUAUACAGCUCUUUCUUGA